UUCCCCCGGUCUCCGGUCGCCUGCGGCGAGACCCGCGGGAAGGCCUGCGCCUCCAGCCCGCGCGCGGCGGGCCUCCCGAGCUACCAGCCGGCUCCUCCGGGGUCGCAGCGGGAGGGGCGGGCCCUGGAGCCGGGUCGGCCCUAGGCGGGGCUUUCCCGCCGAGUCCGGCUCCCUCCCGCUCCUCUUGCUGCCUUCCUUUAUCCCGCGUCCGCCGUCCGCCGCGGCGCCCGUGCCCGGAUCCGUUCCCUGAGCCGCUGCGGCGGGCGCUGUUUAGGCGUGGCCAGUACGGCUGCGAACGCGGCGGCCAGAGCUCCCUGCCCUCGGGAGCCCGCCCGGUGCACAGAACGGACGCCCUGGCGGGACUCCCCGUGUCGGGAGGCGGGCGAGUGCCGUCGGAAGGAACAGAGGAAGAUAAUCCCCAGUGAUGGCUUCUUUUUGCUGUGUUCCCUGCCCUCUUCCCUUUUCAUGGACUAUUCGGGAAAACGAGGUGUGAGACCACAGCUGGCUCGAUCCUGCUGAUGAACCCCAAGGCCAGGGCAUUGUGUGACGCAUCGGGCCGAACAGCAGCUGCCCUGUGGGGCAUCGGGGGCCCUCUGGCUGGCAUCCCCCGGCCACUCCCAAACUUGUUGUCCGAGCAGAGCCAGAACUGACUCUGGGAGUUUGACGCAAGCAGCAGGGAAGAAUCUGGACCGCGGUGGAAGACUGGAAAGAAAGCUGGGCAAAAAGAUGCGACAGGUAGUGCUGUCACAUGAGAGUCCAGGCCCACCACGCCAGCUGCCUGGGACCCCUGAUGCUGAGCUCCUGCAGGAAAGAGCCCUGCCAGCCCCUCAGCAUCCUGCCUUUCGCAGAGAGGGAAGCCAAGGAGACCAUCCAGGAGCAAAGAGUACACUGAUGAGCUGGGCCCAGGACAGCGGGAAUGCACCGUUUCAGGACUCAGUGACGUUUGAGGACGUGGCCGUGCGCUUCAGUAGCGGAGAGUGGCAGUGUCUGACCCGCGCUCAGCGGCACCUCUAUGCAGACGUCAUGUUGGAGAACUACUGGAACGUGAUCUCGGUCGGCUUUGCGGUCCCUAAGCCUCCUCUGAUCUCCCAUCUGGAGCAAGGGGCCGAGCCCUGCGUUCAGGAUCUGCAGGACGGGGGGUUCCUGAGCUGCUCCUUCCCAGUAUCAGUGGACAGGACCUGGCUGGGGACUGAGAAGGCAAGUUCAGAACAGGAGGUGUUUGAGAGCGGGCAAGUCUGCUGGGUCCAAGUCAAAAGUCUCCUGAAAGCCCUGUCCCAGGACCCUGAGGUUGGAGGAGCUCAUGUCGAGGAUGUCAAGGUAGAGAAUCCACAGGACACGCCCGGGAUGGAGACCCUGGGCGGGGAGCAGGUGACCUGCAAUGAAGGAAAGGCCCGAAAGGUCCUCAGAAAAAACUUCAAUCCAGACUCGGAGCGUAUUCCGUAUAAUGGAGUCCUUACAGAACGGAAACCCCACCCGUGUGCCGAAUGUGGCAAGAGCUUCAGUUGGCACGCGGACCUACUUCUCCACGAGCGCGUCCAUUCUGGCAAGCAGCCCCAUGCGUGCCACGAGUGCGGGAAAGCGUUCAAGACCAGAAGCCAGCUUUCGGUGCACCAGAUCACCCACACAGGGGAGAAGCCCUUCCGCUGCGCCCCGUGUGGGAAGGCCUUCGGCAGCCCAUCCGCACUCUGCCGCCACAGGAAAGCGCACAGUGGGGAGAAGCCUCACGGGUGCAGCGCGUGCGGAAAGACCUUCGAGAGCAGGAGCCGCCUCCGUCUGCACCGGCUGGUCCACAGCGGGGAGAAGCCCCACGAGUGUGCUGUCUGCGGGAAGGCCUUCCAGUUCAAGCACUGCCUCACCCUCCACAGCCGGACGCACACCGGGGAGCGGCCCUACGCGUGCGCGGAGUGCGGGAGGGCCUUCAGCGGGAGUUCGGACCUCAGCAAACACGCGAGAAUCCACACCGGGGAGCGGCCGUACGCGUGCGGCGCGUGCGGGAGGGCCUUCAGCCGGAGCUCGGACCUCAGCAAGCACAUGAGGACGCACACGCGGGAGCGAGGCGGCGGCUGCCCUCAGUGUGGCCAAGCCUUCGGCAGCCAGGCGGAGCUCACCCGGCACAGGAGGACCCACGCUCCGGAGAAGCCCUACCCGUGUAGGGAGUGCGGGCGCGCCUUCCGGCACAACUGCAGGCGCCGGGCUCAUGAACGCGCGCACAGCGGGGAGAAGCCAUUCCCGUGCGCGCACUGCGGGAAGACCUUCCAGGACCGGCACUGCCUCACCGUCCACCAGCGGGUGCACACCGGAGAGAAGCCGUUCGCCUGCUCCCAGUGUGGGAGAGCCUUCCGCGGGAAGUCCAACCUGACCAACCACCAGAGAAUCCACACCGGGGAGAAACCGUACGCGUGCGCGGCGUGCGGGAAGGCCUUUCACCACAGCUCCGUCCUGACGCAGCACAGACGGAUCCACAGCGGGGAGAAGCCCUACCCCUGCAGCGAGUGCGGCACGUGUUUCCGCCAGCGCUCGGCUCUCGUCGGGCACCAGCGGGUUCACACGGGGGAGAAGCCCUAUGAGUGUGAGCAGUGUGGAAAAGCUUUCAGAGUGAGCGCAAACCUCACAGGACAUAAGAAAAGAAGGCACAGCGGAGGGGGAGCCCACACACUUGAUGAGAGCGGGAAGGCCCUCUCCCCAGGACCCGUCCGACCUUCCCAGUAGUCGGUGUCUGACCGGCCACCCCUGGGGAGGCCCUUCUGUGUUUGCACUUUCCCGUUUCUCCUUCUGCUCUGGAGCCUGGUUCUUCCCGGCUUGCUGGCCCCCCGCACCGAGCGCCCCAGAGCCUGACCUUCCACUGCAGUGUUGUAGCGAGCACGUUCACUUCCACUCAGGAAUAAUAAUAUCAAAUACUUCUAGUGCCUGCCGCAUGCCGGCCACUCUUCUAACGACUUCGUUGUUUUAAUUCAUUUAAUCCAUAAAACGUCCCUACAGGAUGAGGACAUUAAGGCAUAAAAAGAUGAAACCUGCUGAGGAUCACUUAGCUAGUAAGUUCUGCAGAAAUGCCCCCAGAGGCUCGGGCCUGCACCUUUCCCAUAGCCUGCAACACAUCCCUUAGAUGGGAGGCUACAACUCAGUUCAGCACCGAGCAUGUUUUGGUUGAUAAAAUACUGAUCCUGUUUAGCAAGGUUUUUGUUUUGUUUUAACUUAAAGACUGAAUGGAACUUUUCCAUGUGGGAUCGGGAUUUCUGAGAUGGGGAUGAAAAAGGAAGGCAGGGGGCGCCCGGGUGGCUCAGUCGUUAAGCGUCUGCCCUCGGCUCAGGUCAUGAUCCCGGGGUCCUGGGAUCGAGCCCCGCAUCGGGCUCCCUGCUCCGUGGGAAGCCUGCUUCUCCCUCUCCCACCCACCCCUGCUUGUGUUCCCUCUCUCGCUGUGUCUCUCUCUGUCAAAUAAAUAAAUAAAAUCUUAAAAAAAAAAAAAAAAAAAAGGCAGGUCAGGGGCAGAUUCGGAAAUUAGAGAUAAGUGGGAUUCAGCUACAUGCUGCUCCAGUAACAGUUUACAUUCAGGAAGAGCAUGAAGCCCAUCUCUCUUUGUUACAAACACAUGAAAACAUCAUUGUGUUGAUUUCUUAAAUACUUGAUAUAUUUAUUUGUAUGAGGUAUGAGAUGCUGCUUUCAAAUGUAUUAGAAAUUUGCCUCUAUCUUUUCAAGUCUUUCAGUAUCUCUUAACAUAUACCCUUUCUCUUUCAGAUGUUACAAGUACUUUUUAUAGAUAGAAUUAAAAUAAAUACCCACAGUCAACAAAGCUGCUAACUAGAGAUUGAAAAUCCUAGGGGCGCCUGGGUGGCUCAGUUGGUUAAGUGUCAGACUCUUGAUUUCAGCUCAGAGCAUGAUCUCAGGAUCCUGAGAUUGAGCUCCCCGCUUAGUGGAGAGUCUGCUGGAGAUUCUCUCUCUCCCUCCUCUCCCUCCCCCCCAACUCUAAAAAAAAAAAAAAAUUUUUAAUCCUAGAAGAAGAUGCAAAUGUGUCAACCUAAUUAACAUAAUGACCAUAAUUGAGAAUUAAAUUUAGUUCUAAGUUCCUUGGUUGGUAAAAAAAAAAAAAAAGAGAGAUGAGCAAUGGAUUAUCCAACAUUCUCAAAGGUGUUUUACAAGUUAAGGCUUUUAAAAUAAUGACUUUAGGAAAUGUUAGCUAGGUGGGUUUUUUUAAAUUCCCUUACAGACUGUAUAAUAUGCUAAUCUAAAUCUUAAAGGAGCAAUAAAGCAUUGCUUUCCAAAAUAAUUGCCAACACAAUCCUGUUUGAAGCCUCUUCAUGGGCUCUUGUUUCAGAAAAAAAAAACCUUUUGGGAAAUGGUUAUCCAUUAUCUAAUACAGAAAAACAAGGUGUUCAAGAGAUGCGAUUUUCUAGUAAAAUUCCAGAGGGGAUUACAGGUCUCUUAUUUUUAAACAAGAGUGGACUGAAACAUUGUUCCUUAGGUUCAGUUUCUACAGGAAACUUUGUAUUCUUUAUGUGGCCGUUUCUCACACUGUUUGUGAAAGCCAAGAUGAAAACGUUGAAGACAUAACUCAAUGGAAUUGCCUCUGUGGAGGACGAAAUUAUGGAUAUGUGGCUUUCCGGUGAGGAAAAAAAAUGACAUAAGGACAGAGUUCAGGAUACGUCUGGAGAAUUGGCAGUGGUUUUCCAGUUAUUUUUAAGGAUGAGAACCCCUUGUUUGGUGGUCAACAAAUUUCAGCAACAUGCUCUCUCCCACCCAUGCACACACAGCAAUAGUUGUACUUUAAUGCUCGACAAAAUAUUGUCAUGCUGUCCUAGAAAAUCUGAGGUUUUAUAUUUCACAACAGCAUGUGUAAGCUUUUAGAAAAUAUAUGUACAUGUUCAGAACGUCUGUUUCACCCACAGACUAUGGUGUGCUUUCGGACUUUAGACUCAGAGUCAUCCCAGCUUGAGAAUGCAGCAAGAUGGCAGUUCCAGUUUAAAUUCUGGACCAUCCUUAAGUGUGGAUGUGUUGUGUUGUUGACUGGAGAGCUUACAUCUUCAGACACCAGUUAACUGGAGGGGGUAGCAGGCCCGACACUCUGUUGUGAAACUUUAAAGGCCUCUGUAUGGAGCCCAAAUACGAGCCUUCUAGACACCACCCUCCCCUGUCCAUCUUCCCCACGACUACUGUCUUCCUAGAACUCCGCUGUGAUCCAGACACCUGGUCUAAAGGCUGCCAACGGACUCUCAGUCCUGCAGUGAGAAACCCCAGAGGACUAGCUUGACCUCCAGGAAUUUUCGGAUGUUUCCUGAACAUCUAAAAUGAGUGUUGUGCGAUAGAGAACAGACUGAGGGUUGAUGGAGGGAGGGGGUAAGGGAUGGGCAUUAAGGAGGGCACCUGUUGUGAUGAGCACUGGUGUUGUAUCUAAGUGAUGGAUCACUGAAUUCUCCCAAAACUAAGAGUUCACUGAGUGUUAACUAACUGGAAUUUAAAUAAAAAUUAAAUAAAUAAUAAAA